UCACUCUUAGCCUCGUUGGAGGAAAGGGUCGGGGCGGAAAUUGUCACCCAGGGUCGUUCGCUCUAGCUGAGCAGCCAAUUCCGAGCAGCUUGGCAAUCCUUGCUGCACGGCAAAAGUCCUCCAUCUACUCCUCACUACGCAUCUUGUUGUCUCCACGAUCCCGGUAUUCUGCCGCACCCCGGCUCCUCGUGUCUACGCGGGUGGGGUCCACACAUACCCACCCCCGCCCCACACCGAGGUUCCGCACCGUCACACGGUGUGGGAAAAUGAAGACAUCCAUGGCAUGGAAAGACUUUCGGCACUCCAACCUGGUUGCCACGAGUGUGUCGGUACAGGGUGGUGACGACUCUGAUGGAGCAGAAGAGGAUGGAUUCGUGGGUACUACGUCAAAGGGACCAGAGGACAUGAUGAUGGAAAUCAUGGACAAGUACGUGCAUGCGGGCGAAGCCCUAGCAGAGAGAGAAAACGAUGUCAGGCAACUCAGCAAACAGGUGGAGGCGGUGAAGGCAGACAACAAGGAGCUUGAGGCCGAGGUCGCCCGCCUUACGACGUCGAAUGAAAAACUUGCUGACGACGAGGGACGUUGGUACUCGAUGGCCAGGGAGCUAGAGAAUCAAAUGGAAGUCAUCAGAAAGGGUGAAACAUACGCGUUGUUCCAAGACAAGGUUGACGAGGCGGAGGCGAGGUUGGACGUGGCCAUCGACGCAAACAGCACCUGCAGAAAGAGACUUUUCGAGAUUUACGGUGCAAUCAGUCCAGACUUUCAGGACAAGACCAACGACGGCAGCGAUGAGGACGUGGACGAACAUCGCCAGCAUGCAACAGUUCUUGACCAGCUACGCCGGCUCAAGUCAGCACCCAAGGAGAUGGAAGAUGCUUUCGCUGCUGCUCAGGAUACCAACUCCGCGGCGAAGCUAGCCAGAGAGCAAGCGCAAGCCCAGGAAGCGGAAGUGCGCAAUCGACUUGAGGCGCAGGUGUCCGAGCUUAGGGAAGAGAUUGCAAUUCUAGAUGCCAACUCCCAGUCGGAGCAAAACGCUCUCCGUGAUGCUUUCGCCAAGCAAGCGCAGGAGUUACGGCAAGCUUGCGACGAACUCUCGAACUGUCGAGCAGCUUGUGCAACGGCGCAAGCUACGGCACAAGCUGGAGAGGACGCGAGGCGUACUGCUGGUGAAAUCGCGACCACGAUAGAAGUAAAGCUCGAGGGUGUGCAGGAAGACCUGAGGCUUGCCCAGGAGGAAACCCAGACCGUCACGGGACACCUCACGGAGGCGCGGGCUGCGCUGGAAAUAUCCCAGAGGGAGGCGAAGCGCAGGCAUGAGGCGCAAGACGUCGCCGAAAACAGCGUCCAGCAAUUAUCAGGUCGAGUAAUCGAGCUGGAAACCCUGCUCCAGGAUACGCGACAGCAGGCGUCCCAAGUGGAGAGGGACCUAGCUGAUUCGUCGCAGAAAAUUACGGAGUUGACACAGGUCGCCCAUAUGUAUCAGGGCGAGGUUGCCGAGGCCACUUCCAACUUAGGCGAGCUCCGUGCGCACGCAGACGCCCAGGAGAGACGGCUUCGAGAGUCGAUGCAGAAAGUGACGGAACUAACGGACGACGUGCAAACACUCCGUGGUCAGCUCGCCGAGAGAGACGCGGCGGCCACCCGUGCAGAGAGCGACGCAGAAAGAGCGUUGCAUGGCACGUCUGUGGCAACAGAGGAAGCUGAAGGACUUCGCAAAGAAGUGGAGAGACUUACGGUGGAAGCGUUGACAAUGAAGCAGGAAUAUGCAAAGCAAGCUACAGACUUCGGUGACGAACUGAAGAGGGUCACGGCAGACGCAUCAAGGGAGCAUGCUGCACGUGCUCAAGAACUGCACGACGAAUUAGCAAUCACAAAGCAAGAGGCCGCAUCUGCUGCUGAAGAGAGUACCGCGCAGGCCGAAGAGUUGCGCCGGGAGCUCGAGAGUGUCAACGCAUCGGCCGCGCUUGCCGCUCAAGAGAACGCUGCACGUGUGCAAGCACUGCGUCAGGAACUGGAGCUUGCCAACGCGGCCGUACUUGCUGCUCGAGAUAACACGACAGACAUUGAAGGACUGCGUCAGGAACUGGAGCGUGCAAACGCGGCCCGUGCCAACUCGGCCCUGUCCAAGGCUCAGGACGACAUCACACGAGUGAACGAGGCCCGCAUAGCAGCAGAAACCGAUGCAGAGAGGGCGGAGAGUGCGAAGGUACGUGCCGAGAAAGCCUGGGAAGAGUCACGGCAGCAGGGUGCUCAACUGACAAACGAUGUGCGCGCUCUCGAGGCACAGCUGUGCGAGGCAAAGGCUUCGGCAACCCAGCUUGAAGCGGUCAUCGAGGAGCAGCAGGAGAAGUUGUCAAGCCUCAACGCGAACCAGUUGGAAGAAAGAACGACCUCGGUAGCUCGGGCUCGAGAGGAGUGGGCUGCUGGAGCAGCAGCAGCGGCGGCGGGAGCCCCUGCCCCACCCCCAGUCGUAGCAGCACCGGUGCUUAGCGUAAACGGCGACACGUGCGCGGACAUUCUCUUUGGGUCACCUGCUCCGGGUAGCAACGGUGACGCUUUCACUGGCGGAAAAGAAGCCUCUGCGAUGGCCAAUGGGGUGGCCACUGUCUCUAGAAGCGCUGAGGCUGAACAACUUCAAGCGCAUGCGGAUGCGAUGGAAUUAGAGCUGAGAUACACGUUGGAAUCCUUCGAGGGGCAGCUUAGCGCCAUGGCCCGUGAGAAGGUGGCUAUCCAGAAACAAGUCAAAGAACUCACAGGGCAAUGCAUCACCCUUCGAAAGCAGGUGUCGCACUACAAGAAGGUGGCCAAGGAAAGUGAGGCGCAGAGUGAACAAGAUGAAGUCAUCGAGCUACGGGCUCGCUUAGUGGAGGCAGAAGACACACUAGUGGUCAAGUCUCAAGAAUUGAAUGCAAAGGUACAGGAGGCGGCGUCGGCCACAGCCCUCGCGAAUACUCUGGAGCACCGGAUACAGGAGGCUGAAUCCGAAGUGUUGAGGCUACAGAAUUCGUUGGAGUCCACGUCUCAAGAGCUAGCUGCAAAGGCACAGGAAGCGGUGUCGGCCAGAGCCCUUGCUGACUCUCUGGAACACCGGAUACAGGAGGCUGAAUCCGAAGUGUUGGGGUUACAGAAUUCUUUGGAGUCCACGUCUCAAGAGCUUGCUGCAAAGGCACAGGAAGCGGUGUCGGCCACAGCGCUUGCUGACUCACUGGAGCACCGGAUACAGGAGGCUGAAUCCGAAGUGUUUGGGCUACAGAAUUCUUUGGAGUCCAUGUCUCAAGAUCUGUCUGCAAAGGCACAGGAGGCGGUGUCGGCCUUAGCCCUUGCUGACUCUCUGGAGCACCGGAUACAGGAGGCUGAAUCCGAAGUGUUGGGGUUACAGAAGUCUUUGGAGUCCACGUCUCAAGAACUGUCUGCAAAGGCACAGGAGGCGGUGUCGGCCUUAGCCCUUGCUGACUCUCUGGAGCACCGGAUACAGGAGGCUGAAUCCGAAGUGUUGGGGUUACAGAAGUCUUUGGAGUCCACGUCUCAAGAACUGUCUGCAAAGGCACAGGAGGCGGUGUCGGCCUUAGCCCUUGCUGACUCUCUGGAGCACCGGAUACAGGAGGCUGAAUCCGAAGUGUUGGGGUUACAGAAGUCUUUGGAGUCCACGUCUCAAGAACUGUCUGCAAAGGCACAGGAGGCGGUGUCGGCCUUAGCCCUUGCUGACUCUCUGGAGCACCGGAUACAGGAGGCUGAAUCCGAAGUGUUGGGGUUACAGAAGUCUUUGGAGUCCACGUCUCAAGAACUGUCUGCAAAGGCACAGGAGGCGGUGUCGGCCUUAGCCCUUGCUGACUCUCUGGAGCACCGGAUACAGGAGGCUGAAUCCGAAGUGUUGGGGUUACAGAAGUCUUUGGAGUCCACGUCUCAAGAACUGUCUGCAAAGGCACAGGAGGCGGUGUCGGCCAGAGCCCUUGCUGACACUCUGGAGCACCGCAUACAGGAGGCCGAGUCCGAAGUGUUGGGGUUACAGAAUUCUUUGGAGUCCACGUCUCAAGAACUGUCUGCAAAGGCACAGGAGGCGGUGUCGGCCUUAGCCCUUGCUGACUCACUGGAGCGCCGGAUAAAGGAGGUCGAGUCCGAAGUGUUAGGAUCACAACAGGCUUCGGAGUCCACGGCGGAAGAGCUCGCGUCCGCCCGUGCGAGCGCAAGCGACCUGCAGUGUGCCUUGUCCAAGAUUUCUGAGCUUCAGAGCGUUGUCGGCGAGUUGGAACGGGAGAAAAUCCACCUGAAAGAGACCACCGCGGCUCUCACAAGCGAGUUCGGCCAGGCCAAUGCGAAGCUUUUAGAGAUGCAGGAUGUGAUUCACUCGCAGCAGGAAGAGAAAGCGAUUGCAUUACAAACUGUGGACCAAACAGAGGAGGCGCGGACGGCGCUCGUGGUGGCGUUGAGAGAUAUCGCUGAGCUGGUUGGGUGCGACCGCGUCGGAGAAGCUGCCGUGUCCAGCCUCAGCAUCUUGGAUAAGAUCGCCGUUUUGAAGAGACAGUUGGCGACUGCGGAGGACGUACUGGAAGCCACGGCGCAGGCCUUGCAACAGACUGCGGUCGAGGGAGAGGUUGCCCUGGAUUCAGGGUGGAGCUGGAUCAUCAAUGGCGUCAGCAGUCUGCAGCGUCGACUACAAGUUGCAGAGUUGGAGCUUUCGCGAAGCGCGGUAGUCCAAGACGAUAGCGGUCUUGGUGACACCGCUCAGGUGGUCGAAAGCGCACCGGUCGUGAGGGAAUGCAACGAAAACAGUGUAACGCACGAGGCUCUCCGGCAAGCCAAGGAGGAAGUGGAGACCGUCAAGGCGACCCUCAGAAAGGAGCGGCUUCUGAUGUUGGCUUUCCGAAGAUGGGGUCACUUUUACCUGGCCUUGAGCAAUGAAGCCCUGAGGAAACGGACAAAGGAACAGAAUCAGGCCCGCAUCCAGAAGGGCAAGCCAGAAAGUGCAUCAUCGAGCAUGAUGGAACAGACGCGUACCGACAGAGGGCGGAGUCGCCGACGUGGCAAUUGUCGAGAGCAGUUGCAGCUGUCCACCUCGGAGGUUCGACUCAUGGUGGAGAAGGAGGCCGAAACGGUUGCACGUGAACUUGCGGGCGCGCCCACUGCAUCUUUGCUCGCGCUUAUUGACGCGCGGAAAGAGAUGGACGACGUAGCCAUGAAGGCCCAGGCGACGCUUGGCGUGUUGUACGCGCAACCGCCGUUGACGCAAGACGCCAACGUGGCAACGGAUGGGACCAUGAUGCUUGAGAUUGAGCAACUUCCCCACGAAGAGAAGCUGAAAAGAGAGACUCGAAACACCAAUGUGGCGAAAGAUGGAACCAUGGUGCUUGAGAUAGGACCGGUUCCCCACGAAGAGAAGCUGAACGGAGAGACCCAAAAGACUUCGCCAUCGCCUGGCCGCCAAACGAGUGCGAGUGUCGACAUGAACGUCGAUGCUGGCGUGGGUGAAGAGGCUCUGCCAGGGCCGCCGAUCGCACCGACGGUGCCGAUCGACCAGCAGAAGGCCGAGGCAGCCACAGCUACCGAUUCUACGGGCUUGAGAGUCCUAAAGAAUGCUCCACCUUACAGGACGACAGGGCCGCUGGUAGAGGAUGGCGUUUCCAAGAAAGACCGGGCUGAGUACCUCAAGAAACAACGGGAGGAACGAAAGGCGAACAGGAAGAAGGGAAUGCAAGCGUCCACGUCACGUUCUAGGUCCGCAGAGCCCCCAGGCAGUGCGGCCUUGCGCAACCGCAGAACAUCUGCUCCUGCGAUGAUGCCAACCGCUGCCAUCGAUGCGCCAGCAGCUCCGCGUACCCCACCAACUCUCCGCGGUGAGGCGGACUUGUUCCAAGCGUCUCCGAAGCCGGCCAUCGAAGACAGGGAAGCAUCGGAAAACAAGCGAAUGCCUCCUCCACCCAUGGGGUUGACAGCUGGCGUGUCGCCGACGGGCGUGUCGCCGACGGGCACGGCACCGGCAAGGGAGGACCAGCAGGGCGGGGGUCCGUCCCCCCGUAGCGAUUCGACGCUGACUGGCGAGGCUGUGGCGCCCUCAAGGGCGCCCCCACCCCGUAUGUUCAACCCGACGGCUGUCCCCCCGCCUGUCGCACCUCCGAGCGCGACCACCAGCUCCCACGCUCCGCCUCCCGUGCAUCCGACCAUGGCGUUUAACGUUAACGAGUCGGUGGAAAGGGCUUUGAAGGAGGCGAGGCGCGACGCCGGCCAAGCUGAGAGGAAUGCCAUGUUCUGGAAAUGCCGAUUCAGGGACAUGGCGGUGUGGGCGGCAUCGUUUGCCGUCCUCACUUACGCAUCCGAUCACGGAUUCGAGGACUGCUAAGAACUUUGGAGGGCGUUUGUUACGUAAGCACACUCGGUGUUACCGUGCUACUGUAGUUCCGUCAAGAUGCUCGCGAUGUCGGGCUCUGAUUCGCUCCGCGUGCAUGUGUCCGCCGUUCAAUGCAGCAAGCCUUGUGGCUGCUAAGAUAUUGUGGUUGUGUUUUGUGCUAAUCCGCGGCGCCCUGCGCCGUAAGGCGUUGUCCUCUGUUAAAAGUCCAUUUAUAUGCGUCUAGCUCACCCAAGGGUGUUGUGAUUUGAGUCAAGUUAGCCAGUGUCAAACUACGAGUGUCGUAAGAGCUCUACACGCGUCGACCCGUCCUGUCCCCUUGAUAAGAAGCAUAUGGCCGAUAGCUCUCCAUGUGUAAAGGUCGCACUGCACACAUGAGCCCACGGGUUUCACUGCGGGCUGGUCGCUAUAGCUGCCGUUGCUGUUGUCUUACGAGCCGCCGUUCCAGCUCUGCUUCGAUUCUCGCGUUGGAGCGUUCCUGUGUUGACAGGCAUGAUCGUGUUGGAGCAGGUACCGUGAGGGAUCAUCAGGUGCACGUCAAUGUGCGUGUGUGUCACUGUUCCCUUCGUUCGUGGUGUGUGUAGCCACGCAGCGACAUAUACACGUCGUCUAUUGGGUGUUGUGUGUUGGUGUCCUGCCAUGCGCAACCGGGGAUGACAGGCUGCCUCUCCCUCAAAGAAAGCCUGUCACCUUCUGUGCACGGAUCUCGUUUUUCAUGUAUAUGCGAAAGGAUUCGGUACAAAUCCGCGGACACGCUUACGAACCACAGCGUUCGUAAGUACGUACGCGUUUUGUCAACCGUGUAAAGUCAAAGGACUGCUGAACCCGUCUUGCGAUGAAGUUGAAGACGACCGCGGCAGGAGACAGGCGGGGACCUCC